CCGCCAGGCUCCGGAGGGGGAGGAGGAGGGGGAGGAAGGCGCCGCCGCGCUCCUCAGGGGGCGCUGAGGCGGGAACAGCGCGUCUGUAGCCCGGCCGGGUGCCCGCGGCCUGCCCGCCCUGAGGGAGCCCCGGGGCCGCGAUGGCCAGCCUGGCCGCCCAGGACUCCUACCUGCAGGGCCUGGCGAGGAAGGUCUGCGCGCAGCGCGCCCCGGAGCCGCGCAAGAGGAAGUUCGCGCCGGAGCCGGAGGAUGCUGGUAGGCAGCUCAAGAAAAAGAAGAGAAAGAAACCCAGGAAGCGAGCUGAGAAGACGAAUGCUCCUUCGGUCAAACAGGUGGUCUCAAACACCAAUAAACCUGCUCCAGGACAGAAAGCACUCCCUCAAGCCGGCAAAUCACCGCCGCAGGGUGUCACCCAGAGCAAAAAUGAGAGUUUGGUUAUGGGAAGCAAAAGUGAACUCAAUUCCACUUCUUUUUCCACAAUUAAUCUCCUGCGACAGAGGCUACACGAGAAGAUCAAAAAAGCUUCUGGACAAGGUGACGCCAAAGAAUUACCCCCUGCAGUCCUGGAGAAGAGGCAGCGAAGGAAGUAUGAGAGAGAGAGAAAGAAGCGCCGAAGAAAGGAGUUGAAGAUGAAGGCAAAAAUGGAGAAGAAAGAAACAGAGGAGGUACCAGUGGAGCCAGAAAGCAAAAAGGAGGAGAGCACAGCUGAGGUUGUCUUCAACAGGGUCGAAGUCCAUGAAGAGAAUGAGUUGAGCAAGAUCCAGAAGAAGAAAGAGAAGAGGAAAGCAGUGAAGGGCAAUAUCACUCCUCUGACUGGCAAAAACUACAAGCAGCUGCUGAGCAGGCUGGAGACCAGGAAGAAUAAGCUGGAGGAGCUCAAGGAUAAGGACCAGAACAAAGCUCAGGAGCUAGAGAAGAAGAUGAAAUGGACAAAUGUUCUCUAUAAGGCGGAAGGCGUGAAGAUCCGUGACGACGAGGAGCGUCUGAAAGAAGCUCUGAAGCGUAAGGAGAAGCGUAAAGAGCAACGCCAAAGGCAGUGGGAGAAGCGGACAGAAAGAGUGGUAGAAAAGAUGCAACAGCGGCAGGAAAAGCGUCGCAAGAACAUUCAGAAGAAGAAGAAGGACAGGAUAGAGAAGAAGAAAGCCAGGGCUCGGAAGAAAGGCCGGGUUCUGCCAGAGGACUUGAAAAAAGCUGGUUUAAAGUGAGAACAAGGCUGCGGGGACCUGGGAAUAGGUGUUCUGCUUGGGGGGGUCGGUGAGGAACUGUCACGGAGUGGACUGUCCGUCUGUCUGGCGCAGCUGAGGUACCCCUGUCCAGGCAGAGGCAGCACCCGAGGAGACCAGCCAGCGGGGCCAGCAUUCCCACCUUAGCGAUAACAAAAAAAGCCAAUAGUGUGUUUGUUAAUUAAAAUUUCCUCCCCCAAAGAAA